AUGGCGGGAGAGAGAGUGGAAGGGAAGAGCUACUGGGGGAUGGAGGCGAGGGAGUGCGACUCGUGUAAGAGCGCCCCGGCGCUGCUCUUCUGCCGCGCGGACUCGGCCUUCCUAUGCGGAGCUUGUGAUGUUAGGGUUCAUAGCGCCAACAAGCUCGCCUCCAGGCACGAGCGGGUGUGGAUGUGCGAGGUUUGCGAACAGGCGGCGGCGGCGGUGACCUGCAAGGCCGACGCCGCCGCACUGUGCUUGGCCUGCGACGCCGACAUCCACUCUGCAAAUCCCCUCGCUCGCCGGCACGAGCGCGUCCCUGUGGUUCCGUUCUACGAGUCCCCCGCCAUCCACAAGUCCGGCGAGGAGACGGAUCUGCUCCUCAAGCCUGUCGGCGAGGAGGAGGAGGGGAACAACGACGAGUCGGAGGACGCGGCCUCGUGGCUGCUCCCGAAUUCAAAUUCCUUCCCCGGCAAUCAUCACCAGAAGAUCGCUGUGGAGGCGCCGGAGAUCAAGGGAGGGGAGUACCUGUUCUCGGAGGUGGAUCGGUAUCUCGAUCUAGAGUGCGUCUCUUCGAUGGACGACGGCAGCAACCACCAGUCGGACAGCGUCGUCCCCGUGCGGGCCAAGAUCGCCAUCCCGGCCGCUCACCUGCCGGCGUUCUUCGCUCCCGACGGCGGCCUCGACUACGAUUUCAGCAGAUCCAAGCCAUCCUCCGGCAGCUACUCCACCGUCCCCUCCCUCAGCCACAGCGUAAUACCUCCGCAUCCAAUAAACUCUCGAUUGAUAGAAUCCUCCACGGUCCUGACGGCGGGGGAGUUCUUCAUCCCCUGCAACUGAUUCCGACUGAACACGAAUUCCUUCUCUCUGCAGAUGUCCUCGUCGGAUGUGGGAGUUGUGCCGGACGUGAGCGCGAUGGCGGACAUCAGCAACCCCUACGGCAUCGGCGGCGUCUCCCCCGUGGUGGUGCAGUCGACGGCUCAGGUGGCUGUGGGGCUGGAUCGGGAGGCCCGUGUGAUGAGGUAUAGGGAGAAGAGGAAGAACCGCAAGUUCGAGAAGACAAUCCGCUACGCCUCCCGCAAGGCCUACGCGGAAACGCGGCCAAGGAUCAAGGGCAGGUUCGCCAAGCGCACGGAGAACGACACAGAGAUGGAGCACAUCUUCUCCUCCGCCGCCGCCUCCCUCGUCGCCGACCCCGGCUACGGCCUGGUCCCCUCUUUUUGA